CUUAUCUCUUCUAUAUAUCAAUAUAUUUUAAGACAGGAAUUUUAAGCUCAUCCAGAUCUGUUACAACUAUUAUUUUAAUUAUUUGACAUUAAAUUUAGUUACCGGGAUGAAAAUGCUUUACAAAUGCUCCUCUUUAAUGAAAAACAUUGUAACUUGCUAUGUAAAACCCUUCUAAUUAUUGUAUACUUCUUUCAAGAGGAGUUUCCGCUUACAUGUUUCCGGUCAACAUCUACCAUGGCAGCCGAAGCCGCACCGUGAGGGGAGAGUUGGGUUUAGCCAGGGAAUACACAUGUGGACGAUUCACUGGCCUGCUCAGCUCGAUGGCUUGCACCCUAUAGUGGGUAUGGCUAUGAAAGACGCAGAUCUACACAGCAACGGAAUCAAUGUGAGUGGACAACAUCCACAACGAGGUCUACAACGUCGCAGGCGACGACGAAGACGACGAUGAGGAUGUUGUUGGUGUGGACGGUGGCAGAUUGCCGCCGGACGAAGAAGCUGGUGGCCAAGCUGCAGUAGCUGUACGCGGUCGCAACCGUGGAGCGGUGGCAAGAAGAGGACGUGUUCGACGUGGGGCAGUGGCAGCACGCGGGAGACGAAGACAUGUGAUGGUACCAGAGGUUCCCGAUGGAGGUGGACGUGCCCCACCAGCAGCGGUGGCCCCUGGAGCUGAAGCAGUGGAAGCUUUACCUGUUUUUGCUGCUGCUGUUCCAGUACCUCCUCCUGGUCCAUUGGUCUUUCCAGCUCCUCAAGCCCUACCAGUGGUACCACCCAUUCAGCAUUUUCUAAUGGUAGUUGACGGUGCAGCACUACAAGCACCAGUUUUACCACCUGUUCCAGUUGUGGGUCAGCAGCUAGUGAUAAAUCACUGCCUCGUUUGCCUGGAGCACAAGGAAGUGAUUAUGGUAGCUGUUCCUUGCGAACAUCCCACUGUCUGCGAGGACUGUGCCCCACAACUGGAACGAGAACAUCGGUUUUGCAUAGCUUGA